AUGAUGCAACGUUCGUUUCAACAACUCGCUCGCCCGCUGAGGAAUGUGAGCGCCAUCAGUCGUCGUGGGUUCUUUGGUCCUCCGGCUCCCUGGACUCCUCGUGGCGGAAUCUUCGAUGAUUUCCAGCAUAGGAUCAACCAACUGGAGCGCGAGUUCUUCAGAGGUAAGUUGAUGUUUUCUUCUUUCUUUUUUUUUGACUUUAGGCGGAAAUUUGGCCAUUUUUUGAAGUUUCAAGAACUUUUUGACAUUGCACAAGGUAGUUGAUGUCUAAAAUUCAGAUUCUUCAUUGUUUCCCUGAUGAUCAUUCGAAUUUAUUGAUGUUUCAGCUCCCUUCGCAGCUUGGCGUCCAUUCCAAAACGCGUUCGACAGCGAACUCUUCCGUCUUCGCAAUCCAAUCAUCGAGGAAGAUGGAGUCAAAAAGUUCAAGCUGGAAUUUGAUGUCCGUCGCUUCAAACCGGAGGAUGUCAAGGUUUCCACGAAUGCCGAAGACCGCACUCUGACUAUUGACGCCAAAUACAAGGACGCGGAGAGCAGUUUCGAGUACAGUCGCAAGGUCUCCAUCCCUGAAGGUGUCGAGCCGAAGCAAAUCACUGCCAAGUACACUGGAGAAGGCACCUUGCUGUUUGAAGCUCCGUAUACUGAACCACCAAAGCCCGAGCUGCCCAAGGAACAGACGCUGGAGAUCGAACACAAGUAG